AUGACUGUCUUUACAGUUACGCUCGUCGUACUUUUAGUUAUAUCAAGUGGACAUAUCUAUGGUCAUCCAUCAGCAUCGUCAUAUCAUCCGAUUGUUGAUUAUGGGCAUGGCUUUAAACUUUUACAAUCUCAUCACUUAUUAAAUAAUGACAAUCAACAUAUAACAUCAAAUAUGGAUGAUGCAGACCAACCAUUAUUAUCAUACAUUUAUCAUCCUCGUAAACGUUUAAUAGACUUUUAA